AUGUCUUGGUAUCAUACAGCUUUACUUAGUACUGACCGACCACCAUAUCGUAUAAUUGCAAGUUGUAAACGUUUUUCACGACGUUUGAGUACUGGCAUUUUUCGAGCUAUUCGUCGUCCACAAGCAUCAGAUGCACAAUUGGAUGUAUUGCUUUCAAGACGUUUUCAACAUCCUCGAUCAAUAGAAGAAAUUAUGAAAUGUACACGUUUUUCAAAAUCUGAAAUUCGACUUCUUUAUCGAAGUUUUAAACAACAAUGUCCUGGUGGAAAUGUUAGUGAAGAACGAUUACGAGCAAUUUAUGUUCAAUUUUUUCCACAAGGCAAUGCAGUCAAAUAUGCUCGAUAUUUGUUUUCAGUUAUUGAUCGAAAUCAUAAAGGAACAUUUACAUUCGAUGAUUAUAUUUUAACAUUAUCGAUUCUAUGUCGUGGAACAAUUGACGAAAAAUUACGAUGGAUUUUUCGUUUUUAUGAUAUAAAUAGUGAAGGAUAUUUAACACGUGAAGAUUUUCGUGAUGUUAUUUCAUCACUUUAUGAUCUUCUCGGUUCAUCAGUUCAACCAAAUAUCGAUGAACGUCAUAUUCAACAGCAUAUUGAUGAUAUAUUCUAUGGUAUUGAUUCAAUGCAUAGUGAACAAAUAACAGUGGAAGAUUUUAUUGCUUAUUGUAAGCGGGUUAGUAUUAUAAUAAACAUUGAAAUUAAUUUUUUACCUUAUCUUUAUUUAAAAAAAAUAUAUAUAUAA